AUGCGCUUCUGGGAGAGACUUCAGUCUUGCAUUGGCGUCUUGUCCUGGGCUAGCGUGGAGCAGUCUGAUCCUCUCCUGCGAUGCUGGGCAGUGGCAGGGCACAGGUUCCUUCUUAGCCCCACGGUCACGCCACUGGCUGACCAGCAUUGCGUGGUAGACUCUGCUUACUCGGAAGCGCAGUGCAUAAUCUUUGCCCCGACGACGUGCAGGAGAGCAGACACCAGCCAGCGCCGCAGCGAGGAGAGCAUGGAGCUGCGGGGUACAGCAGCAGCCCGCGGGGCGGAGGGCUUCAGCAACACCGGCUUCCAGCACAGACAGCCGGGGCGUGGAAAAGCCUUCUGGGCGGGGGAAAGCGGGGAAACUUCAGUGUUUAGGGGUGAGGAAUGUCAGGGGAUUACUUCCGGGUCAGAGGCCGAGGCAGGAGAAGGACCAGGAAAGGAACUAGCAGCAGCAAAGACCCUGAGUGAUGGCUUUGCCAUGGUUGUCGGCAUAAGGAGAUUUGCGAAAUACCUGGAGUCAAACAAUGGACUAAGAAGUCAUUAUAGCCACCAGAUUGAAGACAAUUUCCUGGAAAACCAGAACACAUCAGAAAACAACAACUCCAUGAGGAAUCGAGCUGUACAAAGUGGGGAACAAGGGAACACCAAGCAGGGUGAAGAACAAGUCAUUAUUGAACACGAUCCUGCAAGAAACAAAGAUGACGAGGACAAUGAAGUGGAUGAAGAAACGCAUGCCAAAGGGUGCUUGGCAAGGAAGUAUGAUAGAGUCUGCGAUUUUUGCAGGAAACACAAAACCACCCUUCGCUAUAUCAUCUGGGGCAUUUUAUUAGCAGGGUAUCUGGUGCUGGUGACCACAGCCUGCGUGCUGAACUUCCACAGAGCCCUUCCUCUGUUUGUGAUCACCGUGGCAGCCAUCUUCUUUGUCAUCUGGGACCGCCUGAUGGCCAAAUACGAACGUCGGAUGGACGAGAUCCUCUCUCCUGGGAGGAGGCUUCUGAACCGCCAUUGGUUCUGGCUCAAGUGGGUCAUUUGGAGCUCCCUGAUCCUAGCGGUUAUGUUCUGGCUGAUCCUGGAUACUGCCAAGCUGGGCCAACAGCAGCUGGUGUCCUUUGGCGGGCUCCUAAUGUAUGUCACCCUGAUAUUUCUAUUUUCCAAGCACCCGACCAGGGUUUAUUGGAGACCUGUCUUUUGGGGAAUUGGGCUACAGUUUCUUCUUGGGCUCUUAAUUCUAAGGACCAGACCUGGAUUUAUAGCUUUCGAUUGGUUGGGAAAACAAGUUCAGACUUUUCUGGGGUACACUGAUGCUGGUGCGUCGUUUGUCUUUGGUGAGAAAUACACAGACCACUUCUUUGCGUUUAAGGUCCUGCCGAUCGUGGUUUUCUUCAGCACUGUGAUGUCCAUGCUGUACUACCUGGGCCUCAUGCAGUGGGUCAUCAGAAAGGUCGGAUGGGUAAUGCUGGUUACCAUGGGCUCAUCUCCUAUUGAAUCUGUAGUUGCUUCUGGCAAUAUAUUUGUUGGACAAACAGAGUCUCCACUGCUGGUCCGCCCGUAUCUACCGCACGUCACCAGGUCUGAGCUGCACGCCAUCAUGACUGCUGGCUUCUCCACCAUCGCAGGAAGCGUCUUGGGCGCGUACAUUUCUUUCGGGAUUCCUUCCACCCAUUUGUUGACGGCUUCAGUCAUGUCAGCGCCUGCGUCAUUGGCUGUAGCAAAACUCUUUUGGCCUGAGACAGAAAAGCCUAAAAUAACCCUCAAGAAUGCUAUGAAAAUGGAAAAUGGCGAUUCGAGGAACCUGCUGGAAGCUGCGACCCAGGGAGCAUCCUCCUCCAUCACUCUGGUGGCCAACAUCACCGUGAAUCUGAUUGCCUUCCUGGCCCUGCUGUCUUUUGUGAACUCAGCCCUGUCCUGGUUUGGAAACAUGUUUGACUACCCACAGCUGAGUUUCGAGCUCAUAUGCUCCUACAUCUUCAUGCCUUUUUCCUUCAUGAUGGGCGUGGACUGGCAGGACAGCUUCAUGGUUGCCAAGCUCAUAGGCUAUAAGACGUUCUUCAAUGAGUUUGUGGCUUACGAGCACCUCUCCAGAUUGAUCAGUUUGAGGAAAGAGGCCGGGCCUAAAUUUGUGAAUGGUGUGCAGCAGUAUAUGUCGAUCCGCGCCGAGACAAUUGCCACAUACGCCCUCUGUGGAUUCGCCAAUAUCGGUUCCCUAGGCAUAGUGAUUGGUGGACUCACAUCCAUGGCUCCAUCCAGAAAGCAUGACAUCGCUGCUGGGGCAGUGAGAGCGCUGAUCGCGGGGACCACCGCCUGCUUCAUGACCGCCUGCAUCGCAGGCAUCCUGUCCGCCACUCCCGUGGACAUCAACUGCCAGCACGCUUUAGAGAAUGCCUUCAACUCCAGUUUGCCCAGUAGCACACCUGAAGUGGUAGCUUGUUGCCAAAGUCUGUGGACCAGCGCUGUUGCCAAGGGACCCGGUGAGGUCGUCCUAGGAGCAAACUAUAGCUUGUACGCUCUGAAGGGCUGCUGCACACUGAACCCAUCAACAUUUAACUGCAGCUGGAUCCCGAACACGUUUUGA